AGUCUACACGGAACAUUUUGUUUUUGCACGGUGUGUGCAUGAUCAAUGCAAUGAUCAUGUAAACAUAAAUACGAUACGGUAUGUUCAACUUCGAACUUUAAUUUAAGCUUUGGGUAGCGAAGAAGAUUGUCAAACACAACCAGCAGCAGUUCCACCAGUUAGUACCAGGCUGGAGUAAAGUCAGCGAAGAUAAAAUUCACUUAGAUUUAGAACCAGCCAAUCACAUGAACAGAUGAACCAGGACCAAAAAAAAGUUUGAGCAGAUACCGGAUGUAGACAAAUAAUUAAUGGAAAGACAAACAGAAAUCUAACGUUACAUGGUACAUCCAGUGCUUUGAAGCUUUAAUUUAGCCUUUGAGACAUAGAUCUAGGUGUCAUUUAUAAUGGAUGGGUACCAAAAUACCCAAGACAAUCUACCUAACCAUAUUCAGUUUAUCAUUAGUGGUCUUGAUAGCAUCAUUAAGGAUUUGAAAAAAAUACCUGAAGAAAGGAGGGCAUUGAGUAAGCUAGUCGAGGUGAUAGAGAAGACCUGCUGCCAAGGAACAAAUAUUGUGUGCUUGGGUCCUAAUGAUGCAAAACCAUCAGAGAAAGACGCAAACUUGAAAAGAUUCCUCCACAAAUUUGAGUCUCUUUUUACGGUCACUUUUACAAAGACUGAACUAAAAUCAGACAGAACCAGAACUGCUCAGGAGGUUGUUGUAGAUUUCUUUUAUUCAGCUAUUGCUGAUGUAGCUUUGCUUGUGUAUGGAGGUAUCAAUGACGGACGUGAGCUCCAUUCUAAGAUCAACACUUUAGAGAACCCUGUUUUUGUCACUCUGGGUCACAACUUUGAAGAAUUCAUGGCUUCUCUUCACAGCCAGAAGGAUGUUUUUAACAUAACAGGGAACUGUGUGUCCUUAGUAGAAGAUGAAGCUCUGCAUAGUGAUGUGGAACAUUCAUCACUGGAACCAGCCUCUGAGUGUAUCCAUUCUGAAACGGAGAAACAUGACAUUGGUUUGAGUAAAACAUCCUCUACAACUAGUGUGAACCCUUCAGGAUAUCAAGGUCAGCUUAGUGCAGAAAACCUUGUUGAUUCUGAAGUUCUGGGUGCUACUGCAUCACCUUUGGACAUCACUGAGAAUGUAUCUUCAUCUUCAGCUGGUUGCAGUUCACCAGCGAUCAGUGAUAGACAUUCAUCAACUCAGGAACUGGCAUCUUGCACACAGUCAUCAGUAGAUCAAGAGGUUGGUGGUUCCUGGACUUUGGAGAGUAGACUAGCAAACAGAGUAUAUGAACAUCAGCUUCCUAGAGUAUCAUCACUGGAAGGUGUGACGUCCGUGAAAAGUGAACCAACACAUUGCCUGGUGACAAUUGUAAAGGAGUGUGGUUUCUUUGACAAGCUCUUGAUGGGAAAACUCUCGGGUUACAUGCGACCAAUCAUUGGCAUCUCUAGCUUAAAUGGCUGGCUUCUGGUUCACUUCUGGGAAGGAGAAACCUAUGCCAUUGACGUGGAUGCUCUCUCCAAUAGGUCUGACCGGGCAGUACCUUCUGGAACGAAGAUAGCUGGUGGGAUACCAGAUAACAUUCACAAGUGGGCCAUUAUUAACUCUGUUGGACAGUUUCUUAAUAAUGACUCAAUUCUAAAGGUUGUGUAUGAUGCUGAAUUGCUGUCUCAUGAGCUUGGAAAAAGUGCUGGUUUGAAGAUUGUUCGAGUCUUUGAUGUCUUGAAAGCAGAUCGUAUCAUACGUAGGCACAGCCACCUAGUUCCUCUAGCAGAACUGUUGCAUAUCUAUGGAGUGGCACCAGUCAGCAGUGUAGAAAUAGCGAUUGGCUCUGAGGAAGCACCAGUUCCCAAAGACCCUCUAGAUUAUUGUGGAAAAUCACAGAGACUAGCUAUCAUAGACUUGAGAGAAACUGCCCGGGUUUCUUCUAAAAUCAUCCCUUUUCUGUACCAAACAAUGUUAAGUAUAAUGUCUGCUCCCAUGCUGGAAACUUUGAACAACUGUUCCAAUGCUUCUGAGCAGAGUCUGCAGCAGUCAGACUGGUGGUAUGACCCAAGAAGAGAAGACAUGGUCACUGGUCCUGCCAAGGAACCAACUCACGUUUCUUCAUAUGCGACUGCUCUUGAAGGCUUGGUUCAAACAGGAAAUGAAUCCAUGCAUCCAGCUCCUCGUCUAGGAAAAGGUGUUGAAUCUGUAAUCAGAGAGGCAUCACAGGAAAGAACAGGCAUGCCAGAGUCCAGGGAUCUGCAACAUAAGCAUCAGGGUGAAACACAAAAACAUAAUCCACAGUUUGAAGAGGUAGAAAAUCUGGAACCAGACUUUACUAGAAGAAAAGAAAAUUAUUGGCUUAUGCAUUCAGUACCAAGCAGUAAUGGAGAGGAGGAGGUUAUGCAUCAGCCACCCUCUAAUUAUAAUGCAACAGUUCCAAAGACCUAUGCAGCUGCUUUACAAGUCAGGGCAGGAUGUCCGACAGAAAAACAAACAGCUGCAGCAACCAGUAUUCCCCCAAAGCAGCAAAAACAACACAAGGAACUUGGAGAGUGUAAAGAAAUUUCGAAUAGGAAUGCCAAAAGAAGAAAGAGAAAGAAGGAAAGUGAAAAGGAAAGAGAAUCUUUGGCCCAAUUGCAAAGUAACACAAUUUCAGAUUCUGUAAAAUUGCAAAGUAAUAAAAUUUCAGAUGCUGUUACCCAAGGAGGCACCAGUAAGGAAAAACAAAAUAAGAGCGAUCUUAAGUCAAAGAAAAAGAAUCAAUUUGGGGAGAAAGUGAAGAAUGUUGUCAAUGCUAAGGAAAAGCCACAAGCCAAAGGAGAUAUUGGAGCAUCUUGUCUAACAUAUACCAAAGGGCAACUCAAACAGACUCAUUCUAAAGAAAAAGAAAAAGACCAAAUGGCACAACCAGAUGUGUCAAAGGAUAUAAAAAGAAAGAGCAAUAGUGCAUCCAAGGCCAUUGACCAAGCUAUUUCCACCAAACACCCAGUUACUGCCAAAAGUUCAACCAAAGCCGAGCAAAAGAAAAUGCUUGAGCCAAAGAAGGAGAAUGGUAGGAAAGCAAAGAAAAGUGGGGUAACUUCAGAGAAGAAUUCUGCUCAGUCUCGAGAACAGAACACUUCAUCUAACAGUCAUCUCAGUCCUGGUGCCAGCAUUAAGACUGGUCAAAAGCAGAUGCCACCGUCAAAAGGGCAUGGGGAGAUAAAGGCAGGAAAAGCAAAUGAAAAAGGAAAAUCUGACCUCACAAAUAUGAGAGAUCAAGGAAGUUCAUCUAAACAUUCUCACUCUCCAAAUGAGAAUGUCAACAAAGAAAUAAGGCAGUCAUCAUCUAAGAAUGAUGUGAAGAAAAAGAAACAAACUGUUAAUUCACUCUCUGCUUUGGUCAAAGAUCAAGAACAACAAUAUAAACAAGAUAAGCAUCAGCAAAAACAGCAAGAAAACUUGAUAGUAAAAGACAAUGGGGAAACCAAGUCAAAGAAGAAGAAGAAGAAAAACUCUUCUAAAAAACUCUCCAACAAGCCAACUACUGAAAUUGUUAAGGUACAUAUGAUAUCUGAUAUCACUCAGCAACAGCCAGUCCUGCCUACAGACUGUCAUGCUGAAGAGGAGGACUCCAGUGUCAGCUCUGCUCUUAGUUUCACAGAACUAGACCUGAUAUAUUUCAAAGAAGAUGAUCAUUCUUUGAGAAAUCCAACCACUGAAUCUCAAGAUUAUCUCAUUAAUAUGCAGGACCCUCCACAAGGUCAUAAGAUGCAACAAAUUUGUCAAGAUAUGGUAGCUGCAGAUGCUGAUUUCAUAACUAUUUCAUAUCCAUCGCAUACAUUUCAGCAAAGCAGUCAGCAGAAGAAGAAUAUGCCAAGAGGUGAUUUUGAGGAAAGUCUUCAGAGUGAGCAGUACUGGAAACGUGAUGUGAAAACUGACAGGGAUGAUGACAAUGUCAAUCAGGAGAUCGCAAAUCAUUCUGGUGAUAAGCAGUCACAAGAACUAUCGCCAAUGCAAAAACUAUUGCUCCACCAGCAAGCACUGCCAGACCAGCAGCAGCAAGAUGAGCCAAUAGGAGACCAACUUAUUCAUUGCGAUGAGCCGAACAUAGGGGUGCCAAAUGAAAAUCAGAAUGCAGACACCUCACAUGAAACUGCUGAAGCUACACAAAUGCAGCAACAUUACAAUCAAGUACAACCACAAGAACAGCCACAAAAUACUCUUUUGGAGCAGCAACAUAAUUCAAAUUUGCAGCUGCCUGUGAAUUAUCCACAGUACCUGCAAACAUCACAUGUGCAGCAUCAACCAUUGCAUGUGCAUCAACGACCACAACUACCAUCAGAGCGUACUCUUGUUAGGAACAUCCAUCCUUGCGUGAAUGUAGCAGGAAGUCUUUACAAUCCUGUCAAAGCUGUAGGGCUAGGUUGGUGCAACCCUAGCAAUCCAAUGAAUACAGGAAUGAUGGCUAACACAACUCUACAAACAAGCCCUCAGAUGCCACUGGGUGUCGUGCUACAAGGUCCAGCUCUCCCUUUACAACAAGGGUUUCCUCUCAUGCAGUGGGAGCAACAGAGAAAAAGAAAGGUCAAGGCUUCUCCAGAAACCAAGCUAUCUACCGCUCCACAAUGGAUGAAGCCAAUGGUUUUGCAGUUUGAGGAGGGCAACAACCCAUUCUUUGUCCAUCCGCUGAGUGAGCAAGCUGCUAUACCAAUCAAUCCAUGCCACAUUACCGAUGAUCAAGAUGAAGAAUUUGAUGAACUUCUUGGAACGGAUGUGAUGAAGUUUGUUGAGGCUUUCCCUGAAAGCAUUCAACUGGCUCUACACCAACUCCAAGAAAACCCAAAUUAUUCCUUCAUUCAGUUGGCAGAGGUCAUCUUGGAUGUUGGCAGGAAACCCAAAGCACGGUACCUGAAGAUUGGAUUUGGGUCUAAAAUGAUUGAAAAAGUUCUGGAUCAUGAUGAGUUAACCAAACAGGAAUUGAACACUAUCUUAGAAGGAGAAAACUUUGUCAAGAUAUCCAAAACUCAGGUUACGAUCAGAGAUACCCUUCAUAGACUCGGUCUACUUGCAAAUCGACAAGGAGAGGUCAUCGGCAUAACAGCUAAGGUUGAACACCCCCUUCCAGGAUGCCUCAGUCCAUUAUAUGAUGUAUUCAACAAGGGCAAGUCUAUUCUGGUUCUUGGACCUUCAGGGGUGGGCAAGACAACUCUGCUGAGGGAAGCUGCAAGAGUGUUAAGUGAUGUGGAAAAGGAAAAUGUUAUGAUCAUUGACACAUUAUCUGAGAUAGCUGGAGAAGGGGACAUUCCACACCAGUCUGUUGGAACUGCUCGCAGGUUACAGGUUAUAGAAAGAAAUCUCCAACACACAGUCAUGAGGGAAGCCUACCAGAACCACAGACCGGAGGUCAUCAUCAUUGAUGAGAUAUCCAGCCUGGAGGAUGCCAAGACAUGCCUCACGAUGAGGCUACAUGGGAUCCAACUCAUUGCAGGUGUCCACAGUCAGACCAUCGCAGAUGUCCUUCUGAACCCUGCCCUUGCACCCAUCACAGGAGCAACCAUGGAGAGCAGCACUGUGGAUAACCCAGGAGGAAAGAAAGUGAGAUUGAGGACCGGUCCUGCUGUGUUCAAUGUUGUGGUCGAGAUGCUAGAGAAAGAGCGUUGGGUCAUCCACUGGGACUUUCCUUGGGCCAUUGAUGCACUCUUACCGGGCGGAACCAGGAGGUUGGUGGUGGAGGAAAGGAAAGUCGUCAAACUUAAAGGUGAUGCUGAUGAUGGGCUGGUUGGCCAACAGGUCCUUGCCAUGCAGAUGCCUGCUAAUUAUAAGAUAUACUCAGGGUGAGGUCUUUCAGACGAUACAAAAUUAAAAGCAGCUGUUUUGUAUCAUAUCAUCCCAGAAGGUGUUACCCAGGGGAGCAUUUCAUGAAAGUUGUCAGACACUUUAUUCCACAUGUCCUGUUUUAGCAGACAGUUAUUAUAGUAUCAGUGCUUCUCAGCCAAUAAGGCAAGUUUUCAGAUCUGACAUGUCAGAUGAAAUUUUGAUGAAAUACUCACCUGUAAUCAACCUCCUCUCUUACUAGUAUUCCAAUCGAGGCCAGCAUUGGUUCUUCUUUGAGAUUAGUAUUUAGUUCUCAUUACUCUAUAUAUCAGGGGCCGUAUUCUGAAAAUUGUCUUAAGAGAAAUAUUCUUGUAUCUUUGGAGUUACAAUAAAAUCCGUAUUCUGAAAAUUCUUGUAUCUUUUCUUGUAACUUUCACUGAGCGCGUAUGAUGUCAGAGCUAUAAUGAUGCGUAAGUUAAAAAAGGCACCUAAAUAUCUAUGCAAGAUAACAUAUCGAGAUAAAAUGUAUUCUGAAAAUUCUCUUAUCUUUGCAUUCUGUUAACUUCCUUGCAAGAGGUAGGGGGCUAUUGUAACUUAAUGUUGCAUGCGAUAUUUCUCAAUCAAAAAUAAUAAUUUCUUGCUGCAUCUCGCAAGAACAUCAUGUUUUACUGCAUGAGACAUUCCGAAGACAUUACAGAGACGGAUUGGUAGACUUUUCAGAAAUUAAAAAUUGGUAAUCGAGAUGAUGAAUCUUUUCAAAGAAAAUAUGACUCUGAGAUCAGCCACGUGUAUUUUUAGCGCAGUGGCGCACAUGCAUAAGCGUCGGGGGCGCAAGGGAAAUACGCCUCGUGUCAACAAUGCGCUUAUAAUAAUAUUCAGAAGAGACACUUCUAUUGGUUGGCCUAAGCAUGUAACAACUUUAAUGAUUGGUUGAUGACAGAAUAUUGGGCGUGUCAGAGAUAAAAUAGGGGACGUCCUUACGGAGAUAGACAAUUUUCAGAAUACCGAUUUAAGACAAUUUUAGCGAGCUAUUAUCUUGCUGAGUUAUAAGAAAAGUUACAAGAAAAGUUAAGACAAUUUUCAGAAUACCACCCCAGGGAUAUAACAUCGGUUGGGGAUGGUAGGAUCUCAAUUGAUGGUGGGGAGAUUGAGGGGGAGAUGUAUAUAACUAAUAUGUAAUGAAAUUAUAAUACAGCAAACCCCCCCAAAAAAAAAUUGUAUCCGCAAUGAAAUAAUAUGGAAGCAUUCAUUUGUUUCAUUUGUUUAAUUUUUUUUUCUAUUCUAAAUAAGUCUUGGCUACAAAUAUUAAAUAUUCAAAAGAAUAUUAAAUGAAAAAUCUUAACUGUCAUGAACUGGGAAUACAAAUUUUGUAUGUUGCUUAUUAUUCAUAAAAGAUAAAACUAACUAUAACUUUUCUAUUCAGUGUGCUGAAAAGUGUUUUCCGAGGCAUUGUGACCUUUGAUAUUUAAUUUAUUGUAUCAAAAAAGUGCUUUGUCAUGCGCUGUUAGCUACCCCAGCAGCGCAUCAAACUUUCAGUUGCUCUGGCCUGCCCCUGGGCGCUAGCUUCUGUCUAUCUCACUGGCGCUUCCUAGAUCAGCUUUUGAGAGUAGGAGACAUCCAGGGAGAUGAAAGCUCAAGAACUCAUUCUAACUUCAAAGUUUAUAUAUCUGAAGACUAAAGAACAUAGAAAUAGCUUCAUACUUACUAUAGAUUUGAUGCAGACUCUAGAGAGAAAAAAACCCUGAGAAUCUUUUUUCCGGGUGCUGGUACAGCCAGGAGAGCAUGCUAGGGAGCUCAGAUGAGGUGCAUACAAAGCAACUAGAAAAUCAGUUUACUAUAAAAUGUGCUGGCCUAGCCUGGCGCGUGUUAUAGUAUUGAAAUGUAUAGCGACCAGUGACCUGUACUUGAACAGACACAAAAGUUGCUUUGAAUUUUUUUUUUGUCUUUUGCAAAUUUAUAUAGUUUUUUAAUUGUGCGUGUAACUUGUUGGAGUGGUAUUUGUAUAUUGCCAGAAUGUAGCAAGUAGUUGCAACCUCUAAUUCUUUCAGUAUUUAGAAUAAGUAUAUAUACAAUAUCAGAUGUAACUGAUGAGUGUGAUAAACAAUUUCAGAUGUAAAUGACUAUUGAGUGUAAGUAUUAUAAACAAUUUCAGACGUAGGUGAGUUCUGAGAAGAAGUAUUAUAAAACAAUUUCAAAUGUAAGCAAACAAUCAAUUUUGAUUUCAGGCAAUCAAACAUUCGCACUUAGACAACACCAUUCUGGUUGUACAUGUAAUAAGCUUUUAUUUACAGCUUCACUUUUGAAAGAUAGCUGCUUAGAGAUCGCCCUGGAAUUUAUUGUCUUGACACAUUUACCAACAGUAAUUAUUUGCAUGCUACUAUGAAUUGUGUCAUUUCUUUUAUUUUUUUGUUUUGAGUGUGCAUCCACUGGUAAGUGGCAAUUAAAACCUUCUGAGGUUUAUAUUGUGAUAAUAGCUAUAAAAAGUAUUAGAAUUAAAUUGAACAAUUGAAUCAUUAUAAUGCAAUUUCUGUGGUUUUGAUUAUUAGCAAAGGAAACUACAUUACAUUACCCUUUAAUGUGUGAAAAAGAUGUUAAUUAUUUCUAAUUGUAAAAAAAUAUAUGUAUUGUCUACUUUUCUGUGAAUAUUAUGUCUUUCCUAUCAAAUAUGUGUAACAAACUGGCAAUCUAUUUAUGGCUUGAUAACAUGUAGAGCAUGUUGAAUAAGCCUCAUCAUUUUGUUACUACCCUUUUCAUAAAACUUGUCUUGUCUUAGAAUUAUAUGACAAAUUUGCUCUCUGUAAUAGCUUGUAACUUCUGGCUUACCCUCCCUAUACCUACCUCAACUUCUUUACCUGUCUAUACCUACCUAUACCGCCCCCUGUGUUACCUGUCUCUUAUUCCUUCUAAGUUUUCUAAAUUUCUUUCUUUCUCUUUCCUUUGUCAUUAAUCUUUGGUCAUGUUAUGAUUGUUAUUUGUACAUGUAUAUUGAUUCAUUUGUCGUAUUUUUCAUACGAUGUAAAUUCCUUCCAAAAAGCUUUGGGCUGCCAUGUGGUUUCUAAUAAACAACUAUUCAAAUUCAAACUUCCAUUGAUACAUUUCGUGAAAUAUAUAUAUUUGUUUACUUCAUCUUCCAUGGUGACUGGUAGUGAUGAAGGCAUUAUUUUUUUGUCAUCUGUCCCAUUAUUGUUCAAGCGAUAACUAAAUAACUAUUUGAUGGAUCAACUUCAAACUUGAGUCAUAUAUGCAUGAUAUAUAGAAGUGAGUGAAGCUGAUCUGAUAGACUUUUAUGAUAUGAGAUAAAAGGACACAUGUGAUCAAUUAAUUGUUGGGUAUGGUAACUAAACAACCAAUGUAAACUUAGUUCAUGUAUGCAUGGCAAUGACUGUGAUCUGAUCUGUUUUAAAGGUAAUAAGGUCAAAGGACAUAUAGGACUUUGUUCAUUGGCAUAACAAAUCAAGAUCCAUAAGAUGAAUUAAAAUUAGAAUCAGGUCACCAAAGAAUCUAAUUCUAAUUUGACUAUGAAAGUUUUUACCAAUUUAGAAGUUUACUCUGCAAUAUAUUGCAGAUCUAGUAAUUGUAGAGGCAUACAUUUUGACUGCAUGCAGUUGAUAAACCAUUCGGUUAAAAUCCUGAUGGCGUAAAAUGAAUUGAAACUAUUUGAAUAGAAAUAAGAGUUUUGACUGCAUUACUUGUUGCAAUCCAUAGUUAAGAUGUGAGAAAAAUCAGUGUCUGUUUUAUAUAAAUUAAUCAUUAGGCACCAUAUGUUUACUUUGUUUGAUUGUCGUAUGGGAAGCAGCCUAGUUUUAUGUUUGUUUGAAUAGUUUGCAUAUUGUUUUCAGCUACCAUGGGUUACCCAUUUAAUGUUACUGAACAUUAAAUUUAAUCAUAUUUUGUUAAUGGGGAGGCAGAAAUAAAAAUGAAAUUUGUUUUGUUGUUGAAAUAUUGUACUGGUAGUUUUAAAGCUUAAAUGCCAGGUUUGGUAACGAUCUCAAGUUGAGUUUGAAUAGAAUCCAAUAGAAUGACCACCAAAGUGUUUAUAUUUAUGAUUAAGAAAGUAAUGUGCCAAAUGGUUCUGGUUGAAAAUGUGCAAUUACUGAUAAAGUAGCAAAAAAAAAGCAUGAAACUCAAGUAUGAUGUUGAGUCUCUUUUCCAUGCAAUUAUAAUACACUCCCCCACAUGUGGUAAUAUGUGUUGGUGAUCUUCAGUGUGAUUAUUUUCAGCUAAAGAUUUCAUGAUUUCAGAGUAAGAAUUGUGUAAAUAAACCAGAUCUAGAUCUACAAUGUACCAUCAUGUGGCGACAGUUAACAAUUAUUAUAAAGACUUUCUCAUGAAAUCAGUGUUUGCUUCAACUGCAGUUACUUAGCUUUAAAGAGAAUUAAUGAACUUUCAACAAAAUAUUCAACGAUAACUGUGUGAAAACAAGAGAAUUUAAGUAAAUUAUUUGGGAUAAAUAAGUUGCAUUGAUAGAUAAAGUAGAUGUGAUAGCAUGCAUGAAUGUCAGAUGUAAGUUCUUGUGAAUUACAAUGAAAAUUUGUAGAAAUGGUAUAGAUAUGUAAUUGAGAAGGAAACAAUAACUACUGAAACAAAGCUUUCCAUUUGUUUUUGUUUUAAUCGAUUUGAUAACUUUGUGCUAUUUUAGUUGCAAUAAUCAUGCAAAGAUGGACGAUUAUCUUCCUUGUUGCAAAGCGGAGCAUUCUAUGAAACUUGCCAAUUUAUCAGUAUUUGAACAUUCAGAUUUUUCAGUCAGUGUUUCAUAUGGUUGUUUUGUGAGAGACAUUUCAUCCUACAGGUGUUAAGUUUUAAGUCAUAAUGAUUCAAACUGUAUAUCUAUAUGAAUAUAUUAGUAAUUUAGAUGAAGUGCAUGAUAGGUUUGAUUUAAUAUCUUUACACAAGUCAAUAUGUGCAAUUUUCGAUUAUAUUAUAAUUUUGAAAGUCUGGGAACUUUUAUUUCAUAGAGUAUACUUCUACUUGUAAUGAGAAAAAAAUGAAAGAAGAAUUUUUGUUUGACAGGACAUGGACAUUGGUACUUUUUGUUUAAGAAUUUAUUGCAUAGUGAAUAUCUUUACUUGGAAAUAUAAUAUGCUUUGAUGAAAUUCAAAUAACGAAAUAGAAGUGAAAUAAAUAAGAUUUUGAAAAGUAA